AUGGUGCCGCCAGGAGGUCGUCAGGGUGGGAGUGGUGAGGAUGGUAUUGAUGAUAAAGAUGCCAAACAUUUAUUGGAUAGCAUAGGGAAAAUAGUGCAUGAGCAAGUGAAAAAUGAUGCUAAAACAUAUAAAGGUGAAUUGGAAGGAAAGUUGUCACUAGCAACUACUAUUGGGGAAUUAAAUUACACCAAAGAUCCAUGCAUAUUUGAUUAUAGUAAACUUAUUAAUGGUAGUGGUAGUGGUGGUGUUACUGCUCGCGAUGAUCCGUGCGGAAAUGGAAGUGGAAAAGGAGAAGAUGUAAGCCGUUUUUCCGAUAAAGAAGGAGCACAAUGUGCUAAUAGUAAAAUACAUGGUAAUAGUAAAGGUAGUAAUGGUGGAGCCUGUGCUCCACUCAGACGAUUACAUUUAUGUAACAAAAAUAUGGAAAAAAUAGCAACGUCGACGGCUAAGCAUGAUUUAUUGGUAGAUGUGUGUAUGGCAGCAAAUUACGAGGCACAGUCAUUAAUACGUGAUCAUCCACAACAUAAAAGAACUAAUCCUGAUUCUAAAAUAUGUACUGAGUUGGCACGAAGUUUUGCAGAUAUAGGUGAUAUCGUUAGAGGAAGAGAUCUAUAUAGAGGUAAUAAGAAAGAAAACAAACAAAGAGAAAAAUUAGAAGAAAAUUUGAGAAAAAUUUUCGAGAAUAUAUAUGAAGGAUUGUCGAACAAUGGUGUAAAAGCUCGCUACGAAGGUGAUAAAGAAAAUUUUUAUCAAUUACGAGAAGAUUGGUGGGCUCUUAAUAGAGACCAAGUAUGGAAAGCAUUAACAUGUAGCGACGACCUAAAAGAUGCUUCAUAUUUUCGACCAACGUGCAGUGAUCGUAAAGGAAGUUGUUCUCAAGCUAAGGAUAACUGCCGGUGUGACGGCUCAAAUACCGACCAGGUCCCCACAUAUUUUGACUAUGUGCCACAGUUUCUUCGCUGGUUCGAGGAAUGGGCAGAAGACUUUUGUAGAAAAAAAAAAAAAAAACUAGAAAAGUUGGAACAACAAUGUCGUGGUGUCUACGAGGGUAAGGAACGAUAUUGUAGCCGUAAUGGAUUUGAUUGUGAAAAAACAGUUAACGCACGAGGUAAAGUACGUAUGGGUAAGGGUUGCACUGACUGUUUUUUUGCAUGUAAUCCUUACAUUGAUUGGAUAGAAAAACAAAAAGAACAAUUUGACAAACAAAAACAAAAAUAUGAUGAAGAAAUAAAAAAAUAUACAAAGGUAGCAUCAAGUAGUAGUGGUGGUAGGGCAAAACGAGCUGCACGUGGUGGUAGUAAUGUUAAUGGGUAUGAAAAAAUUUUUUAUAAGAAACUGAAAGAUAGUGGCUAUGAAUCCGUUGGUGAAUUUUUGGAUUUAUUAAGUAAAGAAGAAGUAUGCAAAAAUUUUAAAGAAAAAGAAGAAGGAAAAAUUGAUUUCAAAACCGUUAAAAGUAGUAGUGCUAAAAAUAGUGAUGAUAGUAAUAAAACAUUUUGUCGUACAAAAUAUUGCCAACCCUGUCCUCUAUGUGGAAUGAAAAAGAAUAAUAAUGGUGAAUGGGAACACAAAAAAAAGGGUAAAUGCACGAGUGGAAACCUUUAUAGGCCUAUAGAUGGCGCAAUACAUACUGAUAUUAAUUUCCUGUAUAGUGGUGAUCGACAUGAUGAUAUUGAAAAAAAAUUAAAUAGGUUUUGCGAUGAAACAAAUGGUGAUACAAUAAAUAGUGUUGCUGGUGUUAGUGGUACCGGUGUUGUUGCUGGUAGUAAUAGUCGUAGUAAGGAACUGUAUCAAGAAUGGAAAUGUUAUAAAGGUAAAGAUGUAGAGAAAGUUAAAGAUGGUAAGGAUGAAGAUGACGAAGACUAUGAAGACGAUUAUCACAAAGAGGUAGAAAAUGCAGGCGGAUUAUGUAUAUUGGAAAAUAACGACGGCAAAGAAAAAGUGAACAAACAAAAGACAUACAAUGAUUUUUUUUACUAUUGGGUUGCACAUAUGUUGAAAGAUUCCAUACAUUGGAAAAAAAAACUUGAGAAAUGUUUAAAAAAUGGUACGAAAACAAGAUGUAAAAACAAUAAAUGUAAUAGAGAAUGUGGUUGUUUUCAAAAAUGGGUUGAACAAAAAAAAAAAAAAGAAUGGGGGAAAAUAAUAGAGCAUUUUUACAAGCAAGAAGGUAUUCCACCAGGAACGCAUGAUAUAACUCUUGAAGGUGUUUUGAAGAAAGAGGUACUUUUGACAAGUCUUCAAGAGGGUUAUGGGAAUGCAGAGGACAUAGAACACAUUAAGCAACUGUUGGAAGAGGAAGAAAAUGAAGAAAAUGAAGGAACACCUGGUGCCGACAAUAAAAAUAAGAAUACAAUUGAUAAAUUGCUCGACCACGAAGAAGGAAUUGCCAAAGAAUGCCAACAAAAACAGAAUGAAUGCCCCAAAAAACCACCAAAAAAAACACCCGGAGGUCCCGAUCGCGCCCUAAAACCAGAGGAAGUCGACGCCUCCUCAGAAGACCACUACGACGAAGAAGGCGGCGAAGACGAAGAAGAAGAGGAGGACAAGGAGGAGGAAGGUGAAGAUGGUGAAGACGUCCAGGACGACGUAGCCGAGGAGGACACGGCAAAGGAGGAGGGGUCGUCAACCACAGAGACACAACUACCAGACGCUUGCAAUAUAGUAAAAACACUAUUUGAGAGCACCAAAAAUUUUGAAGAUGCCUGUCGCCAAAAAUAUGGCCCAAAGGCACCCACAAGUUGGAAAUGUGUUCCUACCACUGGUGAUAAGGACGGUGCCACUGGCAAAAGUGAUGGUAGUAUUUGUGUGCCACCCAGGAGACGACGAUUAUAUGUGGGAAAACUACACGAUUGGGCGAGUGGUAACACACAGGAGGAUGGUAAGGCACAACCACAAGGUGACACACCGUCACAACCUGACCCCCUACUCAAAGCAUUUGUUGAGUCAGCUGCGGUAGAAACCUUCUUCCUAUGGGAUAGGUACAAGAAAUUAAACACGAAGAGACAAGGUGUUGGAGCGGGAGCACCACAACUACAGGAAGAGGAUGACAACGACGAAGAAGAAGAAAACCCCCAACAGGAAUUAGAAGAUGGAACAAUUCCUGAUGAUUUUUUGCGUCAAAUGUUUUAUACGUUUGGAGAUUAUAGAGAUAUAUUUUUUGGGAACAAUAUAGGUAGUGGUAACGACGUGGAGAAAGUAAAACCUAAUAUAGAUAAGGUUUUCGAAAAUAGUGAAAAACCUACUAGUGGUGGUCAUAAUAGUGAACAACAACGUGAAACUUGGUGGGAAGAAUAUGGACCACAUAUAUGGGAUGGAAUGAUAUGUGCCUUAAGUUAUAAUACCAAGGACAAAGAGAUUAUAAAAUUAGCGCAUCAUAACCUUACGUCCAAGGAAAUCUACAAGUACAACAACGUCACAUUUAUUGGUGGAUUCAAUAGUGAUAAAAACUCCAAAACCGAAACAAGUGCUACGAAAUUAGAAGAAUUUUCACGUAGACCCACAUUUUUUCGUUGGUUAGAAGAAUGGGGAGAAGAUUUUUGUAGAAAAAGAAACGAUAAGUUAAAAAACGUUAAAAAAGAAUGUCGUGGAAAAUAUCCUAAUGGUGAUAAACAAUAUUGUAGUGGUGAUGGUCAUGAUUGUGAAAAAACAUAUCUUAAGCAUAAUGAUAUGUUUGCAGAUUUAAAUUGUCGUCGUUGUGGAGAACAAUGUAGAAAUUAUAAACAAUGGAUAGAAAAAAAAUUAGAAGAAUUUCAUAAACAAAAAAGUAUAUAUGAAAAGGAAAUUCCAAAAUUAAAAGAUAAUUAUAAUAAUCAUCAUUAUAAAAAUUUUUAUGAACAAAUAAUAGAAAAAAACGGUUAUUCGUCUUUUAAAAAGUUUUUGGAAUCAUUCAAUCAAAGAAAAGUAUGUCAAGGUAAUAGUGAUCAAACAAAUAAUACAGAUUUUAAUGAACCCCUAAAAACCUUUUCUCUUUCAACGUAUUGUAAAACAUGUCCUUUGAAUGGACUUAAUUGUGGAUCGAAGGAGUGUAACGAAGUUAAGGGAAAAGGAGCUACGUGGGAAAGUGUUUUAAAUGGAAAAAGCAAAGAUUAUCGAAGAACUACUGGUAUUAAUGUCGAAAUGAUUAAUCGUAGAGGGAAGUAUAUUGAGAAACAUACACAAGAUUCAUUAUUUAAAGAAUCAAGUCUUUUAAAAAGUGUCAGAGAUCAAAAAUGGGAAUGUACCUUUAUUAAUGAUAAGAUGGAUAUAUGUAAACUAAAUAAUUAUAAUGAAAGCAUAGAUAUGAAUAAAUACACUACAUUUAAAGUAUUCCUAGAGAAUUGGUUACAAGAUUUCUUAGAAGGUUAUUAUAUAUCAAAAAGGAAAAUUGAAAUAUGUACAGAAAACGGAGAAAAUAAAUGUAUUAAAGGAUGUAAAGGUAAAUGUGAAUGUGUAAAAGAAUGGUUAAAUAAAAAAUCUACAGAAUGGAAACAAAUAAAAGAACGUUAUAAAGUACAUCAUGAUUCUAAAGGAUAUGAUAUAGCUCAUAAGGUUAGAAGUUAUUUUGAGAAAAAUGAAAGUGAUGUAAACAAAUCCAUAGAUAAUUAUGAAGUUUUAAAAAAAAAAGAUGAAUAUGAGGAUUGUAUUGAUAGUGAUACAUGUGGACCCAAGAAUAAUUGGAAAAAAAAAGAUAUGGUAUCUAUUUUACUUUCUGAACUACAACAUAACAUGAAUAAAUGUAAAACCCUACACGACCCUAGUGGCAAACCAGAAGCACAGUGUGUUGAACCCACCAACCCCCUUGAUGAUGAAAACCCUGACCCAGAAGAUGACACAUCUACCACAUCUUCGCGUCCGAAAUUUUGUCCGGAGAUACCACAACCGGAACCGGAACCAGAACCGUUUCCAGAAGAGGAUACAGAACAAGAAGAAAAAGAGGAAAAACUUCCAGCUGCACCUGAUAAUAGCGAACAAGAAGAAACAUCAAAAGAAGUGGUUCCUGAGAAAAAAAUGCCAACUCCUCCACCCAAAAAACCAGAACAAGGACCAAAACAAAGAAAAAAACAAAAACGACAACUACCCACACAUACCUCCAUAUUACCUGAAAUGUUAUCGAUCUCUUCCUUCCCGUUGACGGUGGGCGUGGCGUUCGCGGCGUUGAGUUACUUUCUACUAAAGAAAAAAUCCAAAUCUACUAUUGAUCUCUUGCGUGUUAUUGAUAUACCCAAAGGAGAGUAUGGAAUACCUACAUCGAAAUCAAAAAAUAGGUACAUACCGUAUGCCAGUGAUCGAUAUAAAGGAAAAACAUACAUUUAUAUGGAGGGGGAUGAAUCGGAUGACUACACAUAUAUUGGAGAUAUAUCGUCAUCUGAUAUUACUUCUUCUGAAAGCGAGUAUGAAGAUAUUGAUAUAAAUAAUAUAUAUCCAUAUAAAUCACCCAAAUACAAAACUUUGAUUGACGUGGUACUAGAACCAUCAAAAAGAGAUACAUUUAAUACACAAAGUGAUAUACCAAGUGACACAUCUACCAAUAAAUUUACAGAUAAUGAAUGGAAUCAAUUGAAACAGGAUUUUAUCUCAAAUAUUUUACAAAGUACACAAAUGGAUUUACCUAAUGAAAAUAUCAUUGAUGAUUUUAUGGAUAAGGGUAUACAACCUAAUAAUCCUGUUUUAGACGUUAAUAUGGCAGAAAAACCUUUUAUUACAUCUAUUCAUGAUAGAGAUUUACAUAAUGGUGAAGAGGUUACUUAUAAUAUUAAUUUUGAUGUUUCCAAAAAUAUUAAUGAGAUUACUAAUACUACGGAUGAUUCAAAAUAUGUUUCAAACAAUAUAUAUAGUGGAAUUGAUUUAAUUAAUGAUUCAUUAAACAGCGAUCAACAUGUUGAUAUUUAUGAUGAAUUGUUGAAACGAAAAGAAAACGAAAUAUUUGGAACAAAUCAUACAAAACAUACAACAACAAAUAGUAUUGCAAAACAAACACAUACUGAUCCUAUACUCAACCAACUAGAUUUGUUCCAUAAAUGGUUAGAUAGACAUAGAAAUAUGUGCGAACAGUGGAAUAAAAAUAAAAAAGAAGAAUUGUUAGAUAAAUUGAAAGAAGAAUGGAAUAAAAAAAAUAACAAUAAUAGUGAUCUCACACACACUAGUAGUAACAUACCAAGUGGUGAAAAUAGUAUUAAGAAUGUGUUGAAUACUGAUGUUUCUAUACAAAUAGAUAUGGAUGAUCCUAAACCUAUAAACGAAUUUACAUAUAUGGAUAAUAUAAUUGAUAAUUUGGAAAAAAAUAGUGAACCCUACUAUGAUAUUGAUGAAGAUGAUAUAAUCUAUUUUGAUAUAGAUGAUGAAAAAACACCUAUGUAUCAUAAUAAUAUGGAUAAUAAUAAAUCUAAUGUACCUACUAAAGUACAAAUUGAAAUGAAUGUCAUUAAUAAGCAGGAGUUAUUCCAAGAGGAAUUCCCUAUAUCGGAUAUAUGGAAUAUAUAA